AUGCCGGCCAGAAAGUUCAUUCAUUGCUUUGACCGGUCCAAGAUCGCUCCCCUUAGAGAAACAUCGCAUCUGUCCAGCAGCUUGAAGAUCACGAAGCGUGAUGCCCCAGAAAAGCCACCACAGCCUCCUGCACCGGGGUUCACUAUUGCACCCAAGGUGCCCCCUGGCCGGUCCCACGACGACUCCGACGACGAAGACGACAAUGAUGGAAUAGAAGGGGAGUCUGAUGACGACUUCAACUCAUUCGACUCUAGUACCGGCACCCGGUCAACCAGCACAACUAUUCCCUCUUCCACAUCCAUGGCGAACAUGCCGGCUGUAACUCACACGACAGUGACCAGUUCAAGGACCAUGAGUUCCCUCCCGACAUCUACAGUACCUGGCUCCGCCGCCGUUCCUCUGCCUCCGGUGGCUACAAAUGGAGCAUCGACAAGCUCCGGCAGUUCCAAUCCCACAGUGGAAAGCUCCAAAUCCUCGCCCAACAUUGCAGCAAUUGUAAUAGCGUCGCUACUUGGUGCCGCGUCAAUCGGAGCUAUACUCUACCUUCUACUACGGUACUGCAAACCGCUGAAGGCAAGAAUUUCAAUGCUCCGGGCGCGAAACGGCCAAAGAUUAUCCGAAGAGGACGGCACAACUCCGCGGAGAGCGAUUACAGAAAUGUCACAGACCGACACCUGUCUUGGAGCUGGAAAUCCAAGAGGCUGCCUACCCAAUGCCCCUUCAAACGAAGCCACCCUUCCGGCGCCGCCUUAUGUCAGAUCUGUUUCAACCAACGUGCCAGGGAUAUUCAUACGGUCUCCGCAGUCUUCGUCCCGUGGCAUUGUACAGAAUGCGGAUGCCGACAAUCCUUUCACUGAUGAAGCAAGCUUAUCUCGGAGCAACAGCGAUGGUAGCAUGCGCAGCACUGCGGACGCUCGUCUCAAAACAGCUGGUGCUGGGGGCCUUCCCACACACAAUUCCGACUUCACUCUGGCGGACUAUAUGGCUGCUCGUAUGUCCAUCAGUGCCAGGUCCCACCCUGGCGGUCUUAGCAACAAUCCUCCCACGAUUCUCGGCUCGGAUGACGGCGGGGAUGACGACUACAAUGAAGAAAGGGUAAAAGCACAGCCAUCGAAGACAGGCGGUCAGCUUUCGCUUCCAAAUCCGUCUCACCCAGAGUUGUCAAUCCCAUGCGCGGCUCAGUUAAAACCGAUAUCGCCAUUGACUCCGUUACCAUAUUUCAGCACCCCUUCCCCACGUCCAGAAUCCGGCUCGGUCAUCACGUCGCCAGGUAGUCAGUAUCAACCACGCAUUCGCAAAUCCAUCACCCCGUCCGACAGCGUAUCGAAUGCGCCGUACUCGCCAUCUCCGUUCCCAAUGGAACUUAUGCCACCUACCUUACCAGCCGGCACGAACUCGCGAUGGAGCCGGAACUCUUCAAGCGUCAACGGGCGUAGUGCCGGGACAGCGGAUGAUACUAUCGCCCCUCCGGGAGUAGAACAAGUGGCAGCAAGUCCGUUGCGCAGAGUCAGUUCAAGCAGCCCAAGGACCAGUGUUGCAGAGAGCAACGGAGAGGUACUGCCGACUCCUGUCCCACAUGUGGUCAGCCGGAGACCUAGUUCCUCUGCUCCUUCUUCUAGAAGUAGCAGGUCCAGCAGGUAG